AUGGACCGAAUGGAAGAGGAGCCGGCCGCCGGCGUAGACCGAGCGCAGACCGAGCAGACUUCCGAUGAAAAUUGUAAAACAAGUGCCGUCGGUCGAUCUUUGGCCAGUAACAGCGGAGACCGGUCGGGAACGAAACAGGCCGUCGGUGGUGUCGAACACCCGACAACCACUGACCCAACCGAUCCACACAGUCCGGAAGUAGAUGUUGUCUCCGGAGAUCGCAGCCAAUUGGUCGGUAGUCAGAGGACGACCGGUGUCAGUUGGUCUGGAGAGGAGCGAAUUGCCGACGAGUCUCCGAUAGAGUGGGAAACCGGCGGCGAAUGCGCCAGAGAUUGGCAAAUCGUCGACGAUCGAGCCGAGGCCGCAGCGCAGAUUACCGACGAGGAAAUGCUGCCUCUCUUGUUGAUCAACGACGAACCGAGGGUCCGUGACCAAAUGGUUCAAGUUCCCAUUUCUCGCCUUCCGAGCAACACUAAGAGAUGUGUGCUCACGAUGGACGGUUAUUCGUACGUGAUCGGUGAGUAUGCUCAUAAUUUUACACUCGUAUAA